AUGUAUGUGUUCGCUAUCGCUCUCGCCGUCUCAGGCUCGUCUCGACCGACGAUUCGAUCGCUUCGCACAUUGCGAGGUUGGCACUGGGAAGACAUCGCGACUCAUCUCUCCGGCAUCCGAGCGCUCCAACGCGCCAACCAUCCGUCGCGGCCAACGGUGCUAGAGGGAGAGGGCUUCGUGACGCUCGAGCAUUCCUUGGAUAUGCUGAAGGAGCUCACGAUGCUCGCUCCUCAGUUUGUCGCCCUCUCUCCGCUAGACGGGUCGGUGAUAGGGUACACUCUCACGAUUGAUCCCCGGGCCCUCCGUGCUGGCCUAGCCAGCGAGGGUCUCCACGCCUGCUACGAGCCCUUCUUCUCUAUGAUUGAGAGGCUGGAGUGGGAGGGCGCCGCGCUGGAUGACUCGCGCUGGGUCAUGGGUGGACAGUGCUGCGUGGCGGCCGGCUGGCGGCGGCAAGGCCUAAUGCGCCGCCUCUACGACGCGCAGGCUCAGGCUCUCGCCUUGGAAGAUGAGCGUCUGCUGCUUUCUGGGACCCCGCUCACGUCGGCGUCUGCCGUGGUCACGGCGAUUGACACGGCCAAUGUGCCUUCGGCGCGAGCACACGAGAGAGCUGGUUUUGUGGAGAUUGGCCGCUACAGCUACGCGGAGCGGCCCUCCCUGUCGAGUGGCGGUGGAGACGUAGAUGGGUGGUCGAUUGUGCUCCGCCCCACGGGCUGA